AUGUCCAAAAGUCAGGACCUAAUCCGGCCUUUCUGGUCUCCCAAUAACGUAGUUAAGUUGUCCAUGACCUGCCUGACUGGAAUUGGAUACGACGUCUUGGGCGAGAUCGAGACCACAUCUAGCUAUCAGUGCCCUCCUCCCAGCUCUUACCUUUGCCUCAAUGUCCCGACUCCAGCUGGGUUUGGCCGGCGUCUCCCUGAUUGGACCCAUCGCCGGGCGCCGUAUCGGCUGAUUGUUUGCCCCUCGACUGCUGUAAGGUACCACCGGCCAUGCAAUAGCCGAUUCUUGGUUCAAGGCCAAGGUGCUGGGACAGACUACCGCGCUAAAACGCCCCUCCCUUCUAAGUUCUAG